UAAUUUAAUUCCCAUGCAAACUUAUUUUUAAGUUCAAUAUUUUUGAGGCAAAGGUGUAAAAAAGUUUUUAACUAUCAAGUUAACCUGAGAAAUUGUGCUCGACACCUAUUUAUUCUGCUAUGCAACUAAAUACACUUAAAGAAAAUUAAAUUGUUUGAAGUCAAGCUAUUUUCAAUCUAGGAAGUUUGAAUACACAUUGAAGAAUAUGAUGCAUUCAGUGUGGAUGCUGUCGUCCUAAAAUAUACUGCAUGAAAUGUUUUGCAUCUUCUGUGAUAAGAUUUUAUCGUUCUUGAACUCUCGAUAUGCUUACAGUCCUUUGCAAGAUUAAAUUGUUUCUAAACAUAUUGUCAUCACAUUUCAUUGGAAUCAACAAUGUUUAGGAUAAUUCACUUCCAUCUGAUCGAGUUUUGUAUUCAACAGUUUUUAAUUGCUUGGUACAUUCUGAAAGAUAAAAAGAAAUGAAUGGAAUGAGACCUGUUCAUGCUGACCAGGUAGAGAAAAAGAAAAGAAAUUACAAACUAAUUAUCGAUCCUGCUCUUAGAAAAGGACCUGAAAAAGUUUACAGAUAUGAAGGAGUGGUGCCUGGAUUUGAGAACUGUUAUCCUCCAGUUCAAGUCAGAGAUCCACGUUCCAGACUUUCAACUCUAUGGGCUAAAACUGAGCCUGCUGAUCUCAUUGUUCCCCGAUUUAAGAUUGAUGAGAACUAUGUUGGCGUCCCUCCGCCAGUACAAGUCUCGAUUAAAAAUCUUAAUGACAACAUCAACAAGCAAUUUCUUGAUGAUAUGUUGAAAAAAUAUGGAGAUGUUGAACAUUCUCAAAUAUAUUAUCACCCCAAAACAAGAAAACAUCUCCGUCUGGCUCAUGUCACUUUUACUACUGUUCAUGCUGCUAAGUUGUGUGUUGACAAAUUGAAUAUGAGCACAGUCAUGGGGGAUAUCCUUAGUGUCUAUUUAGAUCCAUUUGGUAAAGAUUGUAUGAGAAUAUUUGAUGAAAUCGUUUCUGGAAGAACUAGAACAAUAUCAACCGGUGAAGAACCACCUGUUAUUUGUGACCCUAGACGUAGGAUGUCUUAUGAUAAAGCUCUUCCUAAAACAAAUGAAAGAGACUUAAGUGCAUUAAACAAAAUGAAACGUGAUUCUCAUAGACCGUAUAAUCCUGAUGUUUUGACACCUGUUGGAUCUGAUUAUGGUUUUGGAUCUGAAAGUAUACUAAGUAGUCAUAUGUCUGAUAGAAGUAUAAGUAUGCAAUCCGAUAUGAGUUUCCAUUCAUCACAUUCUACUCCCAGUCAACUAAGCUAUGAUUCUGGAUUUGGCUAUAAGUAUGGUACUCAAAAUCAAAUUUGUCAAAAUAAAGUACCUUCACAUUGUACAAAUACACAUGUUAACAGUUCUUGGGAUAAUAAAAGGCCAACAAAUUCUUGGGGAGAAGCUUCUUCUUCUUGGGAGGAUAGCAGCUCACCAGCUUGGGAAGUACGUAACACUAAAAGACAUGUGACACCACCCACAACUCCUGUAGCUGUACCAAAACAGAGUCCCAUACGAGAAAGUUUGGAUUCACGUAUUGAACUAUUGCUGAAACAAAAUGAUGGCAAAAACAUUUUUUUAGACUUAGGAGCUGUUUCUGCACAAAUUGGGGAUGUAUCACUUUCGGAUUCUACUAAGAAUGAUGAACGAAAAAUAAUGGGGCCUCCUUCAUCAUGGCUCCCUGAUCCUCCUUUACCACCAGAUUCAUCGCCUCUUCCUCCUCUGCCCGAUGCAGAUGAAUUGCCUCCACCACCUCCAGAAGAUGAGGACGAAUUAGUUAUUUUAUCGACACCUCCCUCACCAUUUCAAAGUUUUUCAGAUUAUCACAAGUGGGCUGUUAUUACUGCUGAAGUUGAUGCAGGAAAAGUGAAAUCUUUGUCUGAUAUUGCUAAUCUUAAAGAUGCUCAUCUGGAGCAUCCAAUACCUUUAAAAGGUGUACGUUUAUCUGGAAUAAAUUUAAAAUCCAACAACUUAGACAUUGAAAAGCUGGAUGACUCCCCAAUAUUACAAGAUGGAGGGGAUUCAACUCCAGUUAGAGAUGAAUUGCCUGUUGAAGAUGAUGAUAAAAUGUCACUAUCGCCAUUAAGUGAUGGAGAAGAUAAGCUAGAAUUGCAUAUACCUACCAUAAUUAAUGGAACAACCCAAGGGACUACUCCACAAAAAGCUCCCAUAAAUCAUGUACAUACUGCAUCUGUAGACAUCGCCAGUUUUAAUGCUUUAUAUUCUGCCCAAAACUCUAAUACAACUUUGUAUCAUAAUUCAGACUCUACGUCAUAUCCUGCUCCAUCAUAUCCGAACUACGGAAGUACAGGCACUGCAGCUUACCCCGCUGCUGCUCCCUCUUUAUCAUCUAAUGCUCCUCCACUUCCACCUACUUUGCCAUAUCUCGGCAGAAGUCCUUCCCAGCCUCCUUCAAGCCAUCCCAUGUAUCCGAGUGAGCAAGUACAGAUGAUGGCACGUAUGGGCAUAUGGAAACCUGGAAUGGGAUCUAGUAUGGCAUCUGCUCCUACGACUUUUCGACCUGGUGAUUACAGUCAAACUACUUAUCCACCAGGAACUUUCCAGCCUUCUAGUUCAUAUCCUACCUCAACUGUGCCAUUACCGCCAAAUAUUGCGGAACUCAUUUCCAGGCCACCUCCUGGUUAUCCAUCUGUGUUACCUCCUGUUCUCCCACCAUUUUUACCGAGUACAUUUAUACAGCCACCACCUAUUGUUGAUCCACAUGCACAAACUGUGAAUGAUGUAGUGUCAUGCAUCGUCAAGGAAAUGAAACAAGUAAUGAAAAAAGACAUUAUUAAGAAAAUGGUGGAAGCUACCGCAUUUAAACGCUUUGAACAAUGGUGGGACGAACAAGUACAUCUAGAGAAACUCAAAUCCCAAGGCGGUGUGGUAGACAAAACACCCGAGAAAGCUCAAGCUCCAGUUUCCUCAUCACUUAGUGCUCUCUUCGACAAAAAUCGGUCGUCUUUCGGUUUUAGUAUGGAAAGUACUGGUAUAGGACUUGGAUUAAGAGCUACCAUGCCAAGAAUGCCCUCAUUUAGACGAAAAAUAAUAAAACCUCCUUCUCCACCUCGCCUUGAUGAUGAUGACAGUAAAAAAGCUGAAGAAUCUGAUACCGAAAUAGAAAAGGUUAAGUCUGAUUCUGAUACAGAAGCUUCUCUUGGCCCAAAAAAGCGAAGAGUAGUGUUUUCAUCAGAAGAUGAAGAACAGAGUUCACAGGAAAGUGAAAGUGAAAAGGCAGAUUCUGAUGAUGAGUCAAGUUCUGCUGAAGAUGAAUCAUCAGAAUCUGAAAGUGGCUCUGAUGAAUCCGAGUUUGCUUCAGACGAAAGUGAAGGUGAGUCAAAUGAUGAAGCUGAAGAUGCUGCCAGUGAAGAAGAAGGUAUAUUACCAGAUGCUAAACAGCCAGUAGCAAAAGUAGCAGAGCUUGAAUCUUCAGAAUCUGAUGAGAUAGAGAGCAGUACAAAAAUAGAGAAAGAAACAAGGGAGAAAACAACUUUUGAAGGUAUUUUAGAUGAAAUUCAGUCUGAGAAAUGCAAGGAUGAAAUUGCUGAUGAGGAUGAGAAAUCAGAGUUUCUUGAUUCAACUGCAACUGCUGAAGAAACGGAGCAAGAAAAAAUGGAAGUUAGCGAUGAAUUGGAUGAUAUCUCUGAAGGAGAACUUCCUCCGAGUGACAAAGAAGAACUUGAAGAUAAAGAUGUUACUGCUAGUGAUGAAGAAAAAUCAGCUGAUGAAGAUGACAAAGCACCUUCUCCAAAUGAAUCACUUGAAAUUCAAAAAGAGUCACCUACAAAAGAGAUUGUUGAUGAAGUUAUUCCAGAAGUUGUUCAACAAGAUCAGAGUCAAGAUUCUACAGCCAAAGAAGCCUCUGAAGCUCUUAUGGAGCUGGCGUCAAUAUUUGCAGAUUUUGGACGCCAGCCAGUUGUUGAACCUGUAGUAGAAGCAAAAAAUUUAGCUGUGGCUGACGUUAAAACAGAAUCCUUGGAUGAAGUAAGUGUUGAGCAGAACUUCCAAGUUGCUUCAAAUGUAACAAAUGGGGAUCUUGAUUACAGUUCAGAAGCAACUCUUUCGGCUGAUGAAACUCGUUUAUACGAAAAUAUGGAUAAACAGGCUGAAUAUAGAAGAAAUUAUUUUGGCAGUGUAGCAAGUCAAUUAAUUUUUGAGCAUAGUUAUUGUAUACCACCGGAACCUCCCAUGAAAAUAGAAGAACCUGUUUUAAAACCUGAACCAAAAGCUAAAACGUUGGACUCUAUUAUAGAAUCUGUUGCUCGUGGGCCCCAGCAGGUUGUAGCUGAUCAUGAGUACAUUAAAAUGUGGGAAGCUCCAGAACCUCCUUUUGUUAUACCUCCAUCACCUCCUAAGGUCAUGCCAAGAAGAAAAACGAAACUAAAGCGUAAAAGACAUUCUAGUAGAAAUAAUUUUAAAGAGAAUUUUGUUGAAGAAGUCAAACAACCUGUUAUUCAGCCAGAAUUUACGUUUCCAAAACGGCUUGUUGUGGAAGAAAUGAACAUUCUGUAUGAAUUUUUAAAGAAUGGCAUUGACAGUGAAGAUAUUUUAUACCUACAGAAAAGCUAUGAUGCACUACUUCAAGAUGACACUCAAGGGUUUUGGCUUAAUGAUACUCAUUGGGUUGAUCAUCCUGUUAGCAUUCCAUCCCCACCAAAGAAAAAGAAGAAGGAUGAAAGUGCUCGAACACAUUUAUCUGGUUGUGCAAGGUGUGAAGGAUACUACAAAUUAGAUGUAAAAGAAAAAGCUGUUUACAAUAAUAGUGCAGCUGUUAGUUUGGAUGUUGACAGUGAAGAUCCAACAAAUAAAGCAAAAACAACUGCUCAAACUAAUAGAGAAGCAAGAUCAAAUCAGAGACGUCUCUUGACAUCGUUUGGUGAAGUGGACUUCUGCAGCGAUUUACUGAAGUUUAAUCAACUGAAGUUUCGAAAGAAACAACUAAAAUUUGCUAGAAGUCGUAUCCAUGACUGGGGACUCUUUGCUCUAGAACCCAUUGCUGCUGAUGAGAUGGUAAUAGAAUAUGUUGGACAAAUGGUUCGGCCUAUAAUUGCAGAUCAAAGGGAGAAGAUGUACACUUCUAUCGGUGUUGGUAGUUCAUAUCUGUUUAAGGUGGACGUAGAUGGAAUCAUUGAUGCCACUCGAUGUGGAAAUUUAGCAAGGUUUAUUAAUCACAGCUGCAAUCCUAACUGUUAUGCAAAAAUUAUUACUGUUGAAGGUUUGAAGAAAAUAGUUAUCUACUCAAAACAGCCAAUUAAUGUAAAUGAAGAAAUAACCUAUGAUUAUAAGUUCCCUAUUGAGGAAGAAAAAAUUAUUUGCUUAUGUGGUGCACCUCAGUGCCGAGGAACUCUUAACUGAAGCUUUCAGAGGUGAAACGAGCAAUACUUUUUUUUUUUUUUUGUGAUAGCAAGUCAUAGUCUGUUUCUAUUGAUAACUCACUAUGCAGCAAAACUGCCAAGAUUCUUCAUGAAGUGUACAUAUUAAUUUUCUUUCAUGCAUUCAAUUAAUGUUAACCAUAUUUUUCGAAAUGUACAGGCAAGAGUAGUUUAUUUAACCAAAAAUGUACUUUGUGUUAUGUUGCUAAUAAUCAGUUUUCAUGCUUCAAUCAAGUAUAUCCUGUAAAAUAUUGUUAACUUAUAUGCUCCUUACUUUACCCACUGCACAUAUAAAUUUGUUGUACACUGACUUUUUCAUUAUCAUAUUUUAUUUUGAAUCCUGAAAGAAUUUACGUAAUGAAAAUUGUCUUCCAUGUUAGGAAAAUGGGUGUUAAGACUGAACUUGUGACUGAAGUUCACAACUUUGAGCUCAAUGUUAAAUUUUUAUGACAAAUAUUUGAAAAGAAAAAAUAGUUAACAUACGUAUGAAUACGAACUACAGUUAAUGUUUACAUUGUGCAGUUCUUGAUCAUCAUGAAUUUUUGAAAAGAAAAAAAUAUAUAUAUCAGAAUUGAACUCAAGGUUGUGAAAAUUCAACUUUCACUCUAUUCCUUUUUCUCUAGCUUGGAAUUUCUAUCAGCUUUUUGCCUAUUGUUUUGUAAUAUGGUUAUCUGAAAUACAUGUUCUUUUGGUGCUUCAAAAUAAAAAUGAACUGCAAAAUCAUCACAAUAAGUGAACCACAAUCCAUAUGUUGAAAUAUUGACAUACACUCAAACUUUUCCAUGAAUUUUUCCUUCUGCUCAGAAGAUGAAGUCUUAUUUCAAUCUUCAUUUAUGAGAUAACAUAACUGAAAAAACCUCGCAAUAUUUGCAGAAUUUUGCAUGGAUGAAAAGUUAACUUAUCCAAAAAAAAAAAGUUUAACAUGCCAAUAAUUACAAACUUCCACUGUACUCCCCUCAAAGCAAAGAAUCUUUUAAAAAGUAACUUUAAAAUUUCUUAUGUUAUGAAAAACCUGUUAUCCUUAUCCUUGAAUACAGUUAAAAGUUAAAAUAUAGAUUUUAACUUUUUCUUAUUUUCGUAAACCAUACAAGGAAUGUAACUUCAAUGAAUUUUGUGACAUGUCGCCUGGAAAGAAAUCUUAUCUCCAAAGUUUAUGCAUAUAAGAUAAUUUUUUUAUCAAAUUUUUUCAAAAAGAAAUAAAAGGAAAAAUGGUUUUAACAAACAGGAAAAUAUAUAGUGUAAGCUUCAUGCCAUUAACAUUUUCUUUAAUCCUGGUAGCCAUGUUCAUGUUACUAAGCCAGGAAGCUAUUGAGCAAAGUUGACUAUAUUUUCCUGUGAUGAUGUUGUUAUUUAUUUCUUAGUAAUUUCUUAUAAUGAGACCUUAAUCAUUAUAGUUUUUCAGCCAUGCUUGUUUCCUGGGUUGAAUUUCAAAAUAUGAUUAAUAUUGUUAAUUUUGUUGAACUUUAAUUUGAAUUCCUAGAAGGACAAGAGUUGAAAUCAAACCAAGAAUUUAAAGGGCUGAUACCUUGAUUUCUUGAAACAAAGAACAGUAUUUUCUCAUCAAUCUUAGUGUUGUCUUUCAUACAGAUCAGAGUCUGAAAUUGUAGAACAUGUGUAGUGUUUUUUUUUUUUUUUUUUUUUUUUUUUUUUUUUUUUUUCAAUAUGACCAAGUUAUUUUUUUUGUGCUUCAUGUGCAUAAUGAAAUAUAACUUGUUUGUCUAAGCCAAGAAUAGUUUUAUUCAUUCAUACUGAACACAAAUCUUUGUGUUACACUCUAGGUUCAAAUUUAUUGUUUGAAUUCUUAAUUUAUUCAAUAUGCUUUCCAACUUACUUUUUUUGGAAAAAGUAAUUUAUUAAAUAUUAGCAAAUCUUAUAAAGACUUUUUCUAUUAACAUUUGUGCAGGGUUGCCUCUCCCUAAAUUCUCAAUUACAUUUGUAGUUGCAAAGUUAUAUAUAUAUAUAUUUUUUUUUUCCAAUUUCACAUUUGUAUGAACCGGUGGUGGCAUUUUUCUUUUAUGCCUGUUUGAUUAGCAAGUGUGUAGUUAUUGUUUUAUAGUUUAUGAAAUAUUGUAUGCGCAUGCAUUUGUUUUGUAAAGAAAAAUUUAUGCACAGUGUCUAUUGAAAAUAAAUUUUACAAAGCAAUUUUAUUUUUUAAUUUGUUGGUACUAAACAGAAUCUUUUAUUCACUACCUUGUUGAACUUAUUAAAAUGCCAUUAGCUAGGAAAUUAUGCAUAAGCAAUAUUUUACUUCAGUUUUCAAAAUAGAUUUAUUAGAAGAUGGACUUAUUUUCUGAGUUCUGAAAUGUAUUGUAAACGUUUUAGCAUCAUAAACUUUGAAAACCUUUUUAUGAAAUGGUAACCAGUAAUUUCCAAAAUACCAUUAAAAAAAGACCUUUAGCUUCAGUUUGAUUCUAUUUAAUUUUGUUGUUUUAUACAGGGAUGAGAUUCUUCAGACAUUUAACUAAUUAAACUUUUUUUGUCUUCCCAUUUCUUUCCUUUUUUUAUAAACAUUGUAGCCUUAACUAAUAUUGUGCUUUAAUUUCACCAAUCUUAAGUUCUGCCAGUUUUGUCACAAAAAUAUUCAGUGAUCUACUACUGUGUUCACAGAGUAGUGAUAAAUAAUCAGAAAUUUGUUGUAAUAAAAUUGUUUUAAGAAACACUAAAAUAUAUAUCUUUAGAAAUAUUCUGUAUCAUUUUAUUGUAUUGCUUUUUAAUGUUAAAGGGAUUUCACUCUUUUUCUUUGCCAAAUUUUGGUUUUACUUGUAUUUUCAGACUUUUUGUACAUAUCAUGCUUUUAUGCCUAUUUAUAACUAUAUUUUACUUUUUAAAAAUUGCAUGGAUGACUAACUGUAAUCAUUUUUUAUUUUCUUGGAACAUUUGACAGACUAAAUGUACAUAACAGCUUAUUUGUUUUGACAGUUGAAUCUAUUUUGUUUUCUAGAACUACUUGAAAAACAAAAUGUUAUGUAUUUUCAAAAUUAAAUUUUGAUUUUGUUAUCUUUAACUCAUCAUAUUUGAAAUGCUAGAGGAGAUGUAUUAAAAAGAAACGUAAAAAUCAUUAUUCUGAAAGUGUUAUUUAAACAGUUUUAUUUUGUCUAGUUAAAUGUAUGCUACUGUUAAAAAAUAAGUCAAAUAUUUCAUUUUUCAAUUGUAGCUGUUUACUAUUAUUUAACAGUUUUUAUUUCUAAUAAUGAACUUGUUAAAUGUGUUAUUUUUGUUUUGUAUUUUCAUUAAAUUAAUGUAUAAACUUUUUAAAGUGUAUUUUGCUUUCUAAUUCUCUGAAAUAAGUGUUCAUAAUGCAACAGGAUGCUUUACACUGGAAAUUGUAAAACUCAUGUAGAUACAUAUUGUCGCAUCAGAGCAACAGUGAGAUAUCUAAGCUUAAAAACAAGGAUAAGAUAUCCUACUGUUGCUUUGAGGAGACUAUAUAUCCAUUACAAUUCUGCAUGUAUCAACAGAACAGCUAACAUUCUCUGAUAUUUUGUGGAAAAAAGAGUUCUUAAAGGCAAAUCAUAAUGGCUUAAGUUUAACACCUUCAUUUUUUUUUACCCCUAAGGCACUGUGGUGCAUUAGUGUUAGUAGACAUGAAAUUUAUACCAUACUUCACAGGUAGUUGUGGAUGUAUCAAAACAAUAGUAAUAAACCGGAUUACUUUCCUCACUUCACAGUAUGUACAUUUACUCCCCAAAAAUUUUCUGAAUUAGAUGAUGCUCUACUGACAGUUAGACUUUUUUUUUUCUUCUUUUCAAUAUUUCUUAUAGUGUUUUCAGAUAAAUUCUAAGCUUGAGGCUACUCUUCAUUCUCCUGUUUUAUCUCUUAAUACAUUUUAGCUCUUUUUUUUUUUUUUUAACCUUUUUAUGCACUAUUUGUUACAUAUUAACUAGGCUUCAGUAUGGGCAUUUGCAGUUAUCUGUAAUUUUAAAAAUAUUUGAUGAUUCUGGAUAGAUUCCUGGUGAAAUUUCCUCAACUAUCAGAUUAUGUUUCAUAAGAUUAACGAAGUUCUGUUUACUAUUUUUGAUUUUUCUUGCGUUGGAUAAAAUCUAAAAAAAGGUUUUAAUUUUUAAUUCACUGCAUUUGCCUUACAUUUCCCAAGAAACUACAUAUUUUUUAGCCAUCUAAAACAGUAUAAAUAAUACACUUUCAGUCCCGCUUAAAUUAAUGCUGUCAGUUAUAAGAAUUGUUAUUCAAUUAUAGGGGGUAUUUGAUUGAGCUGGGAAAUUUUGUUGAUAGUUUUCCAAAUUGGGGCAACAUUUUUCUUAAAACGUGAUAAUAAUAAAUCAGUUACUAUAUAAAGGAAGAAAUUAAUGUUAUUGGCGAAAAGUUUUUGAUAUAAGCUAAGUAAACAACAAAAUAGUAUAUUAUUUAAGUAUAUAAUUAUAAGUAGGUAUGAAAAUUAUAAAAAAGUAACUUACUACUUGAGUUAUAAAAUCUUUGCCUUUGCACCUUUUGCAAUUACAUUAUUUGUAUAAAAAGUCCAUAAUAGUGGAUUCCUUGCUGAAGGUCUUUUGAGAACACUUUUCUAACUUUAUUUUUUUCCCUCUUUGCCUGCCAUGUUUUGCAUUUAAUAUUUAUUUCUUUGUGAACGUCUGCAAUGUUUAUAUUUUUUGUGUUACUUAAUUAAAUUGUUGUCAGCAUUAUUUAUUAUUUUUCUUUUUUUGCAAUAGUAACUAAAGAAACUACAUAGAAUAGUGGAAAUAUUUUGUUGGAUUGUGAAUGUUAUUUUUCUCGCCCGUUGAUGGCGGAAAAUAUUAUAUUUUUGCGGGAAAAAUUGUUCUUCCGCAAUUUAUUUUUAGUUUAUUCAAAACUUUCUCAGCAAAAAAUGUUUGCAAAAGCUGACCAAUAUUAUUCGAUUAUCCAGAGAAAUUAUUCAAUUAAGCGGGGAUCUUCAGUACUGCGUCUAUGGGGAAAUAUUUGGUUCCAGAAGAUUUUAUCCAUUCCCCAGUAUUAGUUUAUCCAUUACCCAAUCAAUUAAAUUCAACCAACUUUUGAUUGGCUCAACUGCCCGCUCACUAAGCUCAAUGACCAUUGAUCGGUUCAGCUGACCGCACACUAAUCUCAACUGACCUUUGACUCGCUCAACUGACAGCCCACUAAGCUCAACUGACCAUUGGUUGGCUAAGCGUGGCUGACAGUAGAUAGAUGUACAUAUGUCUACCUGAUAGGUAAAGGGCAAUAAUCACAAAAACAAAAUUAGCCAAGAAAUUAGUUUAAAGUUUUUCUUUUGUAAUAAUUUGUAUUGCUGCUUGUCAUUUAUGGGCCUAUAAAAAGUAAUUUUGUUUAUCAAAAUCUUUGUGCUUUAUACCUCUGGAUGGAGUAUAAAAUUUGAGUAAGAUGGGACUUCAGUCUCGAUUUUGAUGAAAAUGGACAUAAUGCACCCCAGACACAGGUACACACACACAAAAUUAAGCUGCUUAAUCAUAAAAAUAUUUAACUGCUGUCUUCACUCCUGUAUCUACUCAAUUUUAUUGUAUUUUUAUUUGUAAUUAUAUAUUUCCUUUUAAAUUACAGUUUGUUUGUUUUUUAAUAUUAUUUUUUGAACAUUAAGUGAAAUGUGUGUUACAUUUAUUUAUUAAGUACUGAAGCAUACCCGGUAUAUGUUUUGCGUAAUAACUGUGGCAAACUCUUGUAUAAAUUGCUUCCUGUGUAAAGAAUUUCUUUUAAAAACUAGGGUGUCAUUUUUUGCAUUUCAGUGUGAAAACUGAUAUGAUCAACUUGUUGAUAAUUUAUUUGAACCAAUUGCUUUUAAUAGUACAAAGUUUAUGUCUUUGUUAGAUGGCGUAGCCUUUUUUUUUUAAUUGUAUGUUUAAUUAAAGAUUAUUAUUUAAAUGUUAUAUCUUAUGUUUAUAGUACAAAUUUCUAAGCUUUAUUGUUUUGAUGAGAAAAUUGCUGUAUAUUAGUAAUGUACAUAAGAUUAACAGAAUUCAAUAUUUGUGCAUUUUUUAUUUUUAACAAAAUUUUUUCUCCUUUCAAUUUACUUCUAUGCAAUUUAGUCUGCUGCAGACAGUGAAACAGAAAGUGAGUUAGAGUUUAACAUUUUACAAAAGAUGCCUUGUCUGAAAAUAUUGUAAAUACUAUUCAUGAAUAUUUGUAUAUCAUUCAUGUCAAGGACCUUUGUGAGCACUUUGCUCUGUGUUUGUUAUAAAACAUGCAUCAUUCAUAAACUGUACAUACAUCUGACUUCUGUAUUAAAAAUUGA